AUGUUAACAUUUUGUUUACUUUUGGCAUUUGCAUUUGCCCGUUCAAGUAUGUGGAGUUCUAUGGAUUAUAAAGGACUUAAUGUUCGUGAUUGGGAAAAUGGAUUACUUGAAGCAAAAAGACGUGAAAUGCCAAUUAUGGUAAUUUAUUUACAAUCAAAUGUUAUUGAUGAUGCUAUUAGAAAAGUAUUAGAUUUUAAUCAAGAUGAAAGUUAUAUGAAAAGAACUUCAAAAUUUGUUGUAGUUGUUGCUGAUGAUUCUGACCCUAUUUUUACUGAAACAUUUGGUGAGUCAGAAGAAGUAAAAACUAAAGGAUUCCCAAAAGUAGUAUUUUAUCAUUAUAAUGGAAUGAAAUUUAAUUUUAAGAAUGAAAGUCCAAAUUAUCAAUAUGAUGACUCUUUUGAUUUAACUGAUGCAAUGGAAGAUGUUUUAGAUAUUUUUGAAGAAGGAAUUAUUCCACAGAAAAAAGAACUUUAA